AUGAAGAAGCCGCACAAUCACAGUGGUGACGAAAAUAAAUGUAAAGUUGAAGAAUUUAAAAUGAAUUUAAAACGACGUAUUGAAGAAUCACCACAACCGGUAAAAAGAAUUUAUAGAGAAGAAAUAAUAUCCUUACAAACAACUGCACCACAACUGACCUCAUUUACACCAAUGUUUCAUGAAAUGAAAAAUUCAUUAUAUAAAAACCUUAUUAAUUAG